UGGUCGUCCAGUCAACACGAAAACACGUGCGUUGUGUUUCUAAUCUAAUCUGUCCUGGAUUAGCUUCGAGCUAUCCCUAGCUCGUUGCUGCAGCUGGGGCUAGUCUUUUCUGAUAUCGUGGGGUGUUUUUUUUUAAACAUUUCAUCGGCCACCACCUGUAGCCGAAACACAGCUAAGGUUUUAACAUGUUAGCACCUCAUUAGCCACCUAGCCGUGUGAAUAUUUGGGGGGGCUAGCGUUCAACUAGCCGCCGAGCUAUAACGAGGCUAACGUUGCCACGACAACAACAAUGGACGACUCCGGCAUCAAGAAGCAGAACUGGGACGUGAAGGAGACGGAGUUGUUCCUGGAAAUCCUCAAGGAGCUGGACAUGAAGAAGUGCCUGGACGGGAGGAAAGUGAGGAAUAACAAACUGUUCAAGGUGGCCCACCGGAGGAUGACGGCGGCCGGGUACCACAGGUCGGUGGACCAGCUCAAGUUCCGCUGGAAACUUCUCAAAAGUGCGUAUUACAAGUGCAAGAGAGAGCCCGAGUCCCCGGCCCCGACCAAAAUACAGGGCUGGUGGCGGUACGAGAAGACUAUGGUGGCUAUCAUGGAGUCCAGACACCCGCUGGUCGGAGCUGGGGUCAACUCCGACAGGAAUGAUGAAGCGACUGAAGACUCGGAUGGAGAAGCAUCCAUGCUGCACUGGCCGCAGCCCUGCCCGGACAAUACCUCUCAGAACCUGGAUUUAAUUAUCAAAAUGGACCCUGAGAUGGACUCGCAGCUGAAGAUUGGUUUUAUCGGUGCGGGGAACAUGGCCUUCGGCAUCGCGAAGGGCAUCUUGACGGGAAAUGUUCUUCCUGUAAACGUCAAAGUGAGCGCUCCAUCCUCCAGGAACCUAGGACGCUUUCAGGAGCUCGGGAUUCCCAUCACUCACUCCAACAUAGAGGUGGUCUGUGGGUCGGAUGUGGUUUUCGUAGCCGUCAAACCUCACCUGGUUUCACUCGUUCUCAAUGAGAUCUCCCAACACGUCACUGACCGACACAUAAUUGUGUCUGUGGCAGCAGGAGUAACCCUGUCAACACUGGAAGAGCUCCUGCCAGAGAAUUCAGUUGCCAUCAGGCUGAUGCCAAAUCUCCCUUGUUUGGUUCAAGAAGGGGCUCUCCUGUUUGCACGCGGAUCCCAUGCAAAACAGGAGGAUGGAGCUCUGCUACGCUCCUUGUUGCACCGCUGUGGUUUGGUGGAGGAGGGACCUGAGUCCUGGAUUGACAUCCACACUGGACUGAGCGGGAGCGGAGUCGCUUUUGUGUAUCUGUUUGCUGAAGCGCUGGCAGAAGGAGCUGUUAAAAUGGGAAUGCCAAGUGCUCUGGCACACAGCAUCGCAUCUCAAACUGUUCUGGGCGCUGGCAGAUUAUUACGUGACUCUGGGAAGCAUCCGGCUCAGCUCCGCUCUGAGGUCUGCACCCCGGGUGGAACAACCAUCUACGGGCUUCACACCCUGGAGCAGGGCGGUGUGAGGGCGUCGACCAUGAGCGCCGUGGAAUCUGCCACCGAGAGAGCCAGGGAGCUCGGCCGGAAGUCAGCAGCAAGGAAAUGACGGCCGCUGUUUGCCUUUAUAUACCCGCUCAGUGGACCUUAUUCAAGCCUAACAAUAAACUGACUUUUUAGCUCAACCAAUCACAAUGGAACUCAAAGACAAAACAGGACUUGUCCAAUUUUUUAUUUUUUUUAUUUCAUUUUCUCCCUUUUAUUUUUCCCUUUUUAAGUGCAGUUCAUACUCAUUCAUACUCUUUUUCAUGUCUUUGACCGGAGGGAUUUGUCGUGAGCAAAAAGGAAAUAUUGUCUUAAUCUUGACAUUGAGGAGUAAAUUAUUUGAUCAUGAGCCUGUGAUUUAUUUGAGAGAAUGGCAACUUCUACAUGCACACCAAUAAUCCAAUCUUUACUCACUGAGGCAGGAAUGCAAGUAAGGUGACGCCCAAAGUAGAUUAUUCCUGUGGUUGUGGAUAUUGUAAUCACAAUAAGAUGCACAGUAAUUCUAUUUUAGGCACAUUUAUUGAAGGCCAUGUUAGCCUGCAAGCUUGAGUACUGAAGGAAACACAAAUGUAUAUGGAGAGGGUGACUUUACUCUGUAGCAUUGAUCAGUCCAAGAAUCAACUUGUUUAAACAAAGCCUUACUAGCAAUGAUUGGGUAUAAUAUGUGCAUUUAAUGUGGACUACAGGAUGGAAGUGAAAUGUGUGGAUGUAUUUAAUUAUAUUAAAAUAUAUUAUUUAAUAUUUGGCCAAAUGAAGCUUUAAACUUAAAUUUGGAAUAAUGUCAGAGUGAUCGUGGUUGUGCAGCUGCUGAUAGUUUCUGUCCCGGGUGUAGUGAACAUCUACAGUAUUUACUGGCUUUGUGUAUAACACAAUGUUGAGAAAUAAUAUUCAUGAUCUACGAUGCCGAGAGUGUAGGAUGGGUCUUCAUAAAGUGUCGUAAUGUGAACCGGC